AUGCUCUUAAAAGUAGCCACAGUUGAAUCACAGGCAUCUAACAUUGUGAAGGCAACAUGUGCAUCUGCAGGAAAUCCAAAUCAUACCUUUAUACUUCGACAGGAUUGUCAGCCGUACGAAAAUUGUAUUGACCAUGUGGACCAACAAAAUGUCUCACGUGCAACGUGUACUGAUUCUAACAACAUCAGAAAAUGGGAUAAUAAGGAUUCUGAUUCACUUACCUGUUCAGAAAAUGAGGCAUUCGACACUGAUGGCGGAAAAGAUUUAAUACUUGGUGUAACAACAUAUGCAAUGACUAAUAAUCCAAUGCGAGUGUAUAUUUUAGAAGCAUUUAUGUCUGGUAAUUCACUUGGUCGACUCUUUAAUCGACACAAUUAUACUAAAAUAAUCAAGAAUUAUGAUGGCAAUUCAACAAUCAAAUACUGUUUUACGGCGGGCACCACACAGAAAAUAAUAGCUCUUGCUGCUGCCUUUGGUUAA